AUGGCAGAACGGUUACCAACCUCGUCCUCCUCAGGACGCAGGCGACGCGAAGGCGACGCUUCUAUCGGGGACUUUGUUAUCGGAGGUGAAAUCGGCAAGGGCAGCUUUGCCCAGGUGUAUAGCGGUCACCAUAAGAGCUCCAAGGCAACUGUGGCCAUCAAAUCAGUAGAGAUGGGACGCCUGAACAACAAGCUUCGAGAGAACUUGUACGGAGAGAUCCAGAUCCUCAAGACUCUCCGACACCCUCACAUCGUUGCCCUCCAUGACUGCGUCGAAUCAGCGACACACAUCAACCUGGUGAUGGAAUACUGUGAGCUCGGUGACUUGUCGUUGUUCAUCAAGAAGAGGGACAAGCUCAGCACCAACCCUGCUACACACGAGAUGGCGAGGAAGUACCCCGUUACCCCUAACUCGGGUCUUCACGAGGUAGUCACACGCCACUUCCUCCAACAGCUCGGCAGCGCCCUGAAAUUUCUGCGAGAAAAGAACUACGUUCACCGCGACGUUAAGCCUCAGAACCUCCUGCUUCUGCCGUCACCGAGGUUCAGAGAGGCACACUCCCGCCCCAUCUUGACUGCCAGCCAGGAUUCGCUGAUUCCCAAUGCUGGCCUGGCUUCUCUCCCGAUGUUGAAGCUUGCAGAUUUCGGCUUCGCUCGUGUGCUCCCGUCAACGUCGCUCGCCGAUACUCUGUGCGGAUCUCCCCUCUACAUGGCUCCAGAGAUCCUUCGUUACGAGCGGUACGAUGCGAAGGCUGACCUCUGGUCUGUGGGCACGGUUUUGUACGAGAUGAUUACUGGUCGUCCUCCGUUCCGCGCCCGAAAUCACGUAGAGCUUUUGCGUAAGAUCGAAGCCGCCGAAGAUCGGGUCAAGUACCCGAAAGAGCUCGUGGUCAGUAAAGAGCUGGUCAAGCUCAUCGGCAAGCUUCUUACUCGCAACCCCGUCGAGCGCAUGAGAUUCGAAGAUUUUUUCAACGAUCCAAUCUUGACGGAACCCAUUCCAGGCACUGUUGAGGAUGAUGCACCCCCGAAACCUGAGGCAAAGGCCUCACGGGAUCUGCGAUCUCUAGGCCGGUCCGAUUCCACAUCAUCAUUAUCACGUCGUCUCUCCCUUCGUCGACAAACCGAGAACGAGUCUGUACGCGAACAAGGCGAAUCGGCAAAGUCGCCCCGUGAGAAACCCCUCAGAUCGCCAAAACUGCCCAGCCCAGUUGACGGGCGAGCUCAGCAGGCUGCUGAUGCUGCGCCACGUCCGGGGCAGUCUCCGGGGCAAGAACCCGGGGAGGGACUUGGAAUUCGUCGUCCACCUUUGGCCCAACCCUCCACCUCUGCACCAGCCCGGCCUCACAGACUCUCGAACGCAGCUCUCAACCGACCUUCUGCACGAGCCUCUGCGUCACCACCGACAUCGUAUUUGAAUGAUAAUCCGGCGAGAAACAGACUUCGUCCAGUGACUGAGCGAAGCGUCACCGAGCAAGAAAAGGCGGCACAGGAUGUGGCAUUUGAGCGGGAUUAUGUUGUGGUUGAAAAGAAGCACGUGGAGGUGAACGCGUUUGCUGAUGAAAUGGCCGCAAACCCACGCCUUACGUCACUGUCACCCAAGACUGGCCAAAUGAUCCGCCGAGCCACGCAACAGGGACCUCCGACCUCGACGACCGGCGCCGGACGUGUCCAGCCAUCCAAUGCAGUUCAAAUCGCUUCAGGCAAGGGACGUCCCGGUCAUGAGCGCCGCGACUCGUACGACGGGAAGAAUUUCUCUGCCAGCCCGACGACUCAGGGCUUCAUCGCCAAAGCUAUUUCAGACGCCAGCGUGCGUUUGUUCGGGUUCAAGGUCCCGCAGCAUGUGCUGGGCGGCAAGGGGGCGUCACCCCCCCUCUACAGUCCAUAUCCUGCAUAUCCUACCCCUUCGGGUCCUGUUGGCCUCAUUGGGGAUGGAAAGCAAAAUGCCCUGGCCGAUGAAGAUGCACGAGCCGUCAAGCUGAUCCAGGAUUUCGCUCACCGGAGCGACUGCGUUUAUGGAUUCGCUGAAGUCAAGUAUAAGCAGCUUUUCCCUCUCGCCCCAUCAAUGGAGCACGGACUCGGCGGUACGCCUACUGAUCAGAUCGCUGGAGAUGAGGACGGCCUAACAAUCGAUGCUGAGGUUUCUUUGUCUGAAGAGGCCCUGGUCCUCUAUGUCAAGGCCCUGACGCUGCUAGCUAGAGCCAUGGACGCUGCAAGUUUAUGGUGGACACAGAAAACGCGUGGCGAUACAACUGGCGCAUCUGCGGCGGAGGUUUCCAAAGAAGGUCUCGCUCAGCGGAUCAACUCUACUGUUCAAUGGGUUCGGACUCGCUUUAACGAAGUCUUGGAAAAGACCGAGGUCGUCCGGAUGAAACUCGUUGCCGUUCAGCAGAAGCUCCCUGAGGAUCACCCUAGCCACCCAAGCAACCAUGGUGGAGAAUCAGCUUCGUCGGCUAAUUCAGGCACACCGGAUGUCUAUCUCACGCCAGGUAUCAGUGCGGAGAAGCUGAUGUACGACCGAGCCAUAGAAAUGAGCAGAACAGCAGCCAUUGACGAGAUUACGAACGAGAACCUAGAGGGUUGCGUUACGUACUAUGUCACAGCCAUUCGGAUGCUGGAGGCUGUCCUGGAUAAUGACGAGGACGCAGUCAAGCGGCGGUUCUCGAGCUCAGGCAAGGACUUGCCUCGCGAGGAGACCUCUAGCGAUCUAGACAGCGAUGACCAGCAGGCCGUGAAUCGGAUGAUUCAAAUGAUCACGGCACGUCUCUCAACUGUCCGCAAGAAGAUGGCGAUGAUUGCAGAAGCAUCUAGGUCACAGCAGGCCGCGCAGCUCCAAAGUCGCAGACGUAGUGGAGAUGUGACGCCCCGCAGCGUGCCAUCUCACGCCUCCUAA